CAGAUGAAUCGGUGGCGGAGAUCAGUGGAUGAGAUCCAGGCCAGGAAACGGCAGGUCACAGAGUGUGAGCGUGCCCUGGAAGCCCUGUGCAAGGUGACUGCCUGUUUCCAACAGAUGGCCAUCUCUAUCGGAAGUAACUCAGACGGCAGCUUUCUGAGAGAGGAGAUGGACGAGACCAGAGCACUGGCUCAUAGAAUCUGCACAGGGUUGCACAGACGUCUGGUCCCUCUAUUGACAGAGAGGGUGACUGAACCUGGACAAGAGGAUCGAUUACAGGUGGAGCGAAUGUGGGUUCUUUUCCUCACUGGGUUAGAGAACCUCCAACAGGACCUGCACAAAGCCAGUGACUUAAUAGACCGCUUCCCUUUGAAACAGAGGAAUGACCGCCGGGCCCUGGUGAACACAGGAGCUUCAGAUGGUGUCACUGGGGUGUCUGCCCGAGCAGCUUCAGUCCAAACCCCGUGGCUAGCAGUGGAGGUGGCGCAAAACCCUGACCUAAAGACGCACAUCACCCAGAUUGACGCCCUGGUCAAGGAGAUGCUCCAGAAAGUCAGCAUUCCUUUCUGGGCAGUGGAGGCUACCCAAGAGGCCUGGGUGGAAGGCGCUCAGUCUCAGGAUGCUGCACACGAUCAGGAUGAGACUCUGGAAGAGAUGAUGGUGGUGUCCGAAGAUGACCAGAUGUCUGGGUGUUGUCAACCUCUAAACUGUAAGUUGGGGUGUAUGUUUUGUCUAUCGACCUGAAGACUGGGGUGUACUCUUGAAAACGGUUAAUGGUCAGUAAAACUUUGAAUAAAGCCUCUUUCAUACUGUACAUACACUGUGCAAUAACUACAAGUAGCUACGCAAAAUGGCGUUCCUUUGUAAAAACUAAAAUGUGCAGUCCUGCAAUUUUAGAACGACAGUACACAGGACCGCCAUUUUGCGUAGCGUUCUUGUGUUGCGUACAAAUGGUAUAAAUUAGGUUUUUACAUGCACAAGUCAUUUCUAUUUACUAAUGCAAACUAUGAACGUUAGACAAGUGUCUUUAGAUGCAGUCAAAGAACUAACAAAUGCUUUAAAGUAUGAUCAACUAUAAAGAUCUCCUUGGUAAAAGGAUAGAUGUUUAUGGUCAAAGACCUUGUAUAUCUAGGUUAUUGAUUCAUUUUGUAAUAUGCUGACUACACCAGGUGGGUGCAUCCAGCCACACAUGCAGGUUGAAAUAGCAAAACAAACUAUUAAUUUGGUGACCGGUCAAAACAGUCACGGACAUUUAGCUAGCUAAUUGGUCCUGGGAUAUAACAAUUGCGUUUUAUCUGAAAUACAUCAUGUCCUUUUUCCCCCUUGGAAUUUUGACCCAUUGAGUCACAAAAUCAUGUGUCCUCGACACAGAAAAGGGGAAACCUAGUUAGUUUCUUGUAACCGCUCCUUCUGUGGACUUUAUACUGCGAUUGGCAACCAACUUUAAGGUGCAUUACCACCACCAACUGGACUUGAGUGUGGACCUAAAUUCAGCUUUCAAUCACCCACGUGGGUAAAUGCUCCUAAAAACCAAUGACGAGAUGAGGGACUUGUGACACAAAUAGAACCAAGUUCUAUUUUAGCACCUGGCUACAGAGACGAGCGAGCAGUUUGGGUAAAAUGAUUGAACAUGUAUUUUGUAACAGAGCCCGUGUGGUCAGCA